CAUUUUUAAUAUUUAUUACAUUUUGUUCCAUUAUUAUAGGUUGUUUUAGAUAUUUGGGAUGAAUUUUCCCCUCAAACCAUUAGUGAGAGAUUUCAUAAUGACCUGUGUGGUGUACCUCGUUUGUUCAGUUCUGUGAUGUCACCAGGAAGGAGGUGCUUGGACUGACUUCCGGGAACAAAAACCGUAAAUAAACAACAGCGUCUAAAGGCAACCUAAACCUUUUUAUAGAGAGACAUUUGCGCAAAUAAUUGAGAGGCUUUACAUCCGCGGUUGGUUCUCGUACACUGCGAUACGCUUGACGGACAAGUUAGGCUGACAUGUUGGAGUCUAAAACUGGCCUAACUCUUCAGCAAACUCCUCUUUUCAUCUUUAAAUGAUUGGCAGCUGAUCUGAAGAAUUAAUAAGUAACCACAGGCCGGGACAGGGGGGGGGCUCGUCCAGCAGUGCGUUAACCCAGAAGGUUAAUGAACGCUGCCUGUGCGCCCUGUGAGGGUAUCCCCCAGUUGGAUUAUGGACAUCGCCACAGUGAAUACUCUUCCAUACGAGGAUUUUGUGAAUAUUUUCGGCAAUGUGGUGGAGAAGUGUCCCAUCGUAACAGCCGCUGUGUGGUCGAGGCGUCCCUUUGUGAGCUUCACCGAUCUGGAGGCUGCAAUCAGUGAGUUCAUCGAUGCGCUCCCGGAAUCAGGUAAAGAGGGGAUCCUCAGGUGUCACCCGGACCUGGCGGGCAGGGACCUCCAGAGCGGCACCCUCACCCGGGAGUCCCAACAGGAGCAGGCCGGAGCCGGGAUGGACGCGCUGAGCUCCGUGGAAACCUCACGCAUGGCCCGGCUCAACAGGGAGUACAAGGAGCGCUUCGGGUUCCCGUUCGUCAUCUGCGCCCGGAUGAGCGACAAGGCCGGCAUUUUACGGCACCUGUCCGAGCGGUGCCGCAAUGAGCGCGCGGCGGAGAGGGCGCGCGGCAUCGAGGAGGUGAAGAAGAUUUGCCGCCUGCGUCUCCAGAGUCUGCUGCUCAGCGACGCCCCCAACAAGUUAUGAAACAACCGGAGAGCUCGUUUUUGGAGUCGCCUUGCGUCACAUGAAUGUACAGACUGUCACCGUUCUCACGCCCGCAUGUGAUAUUUGCUUUAUUCCAGAUUCAAUUAUGUGUUUUUCAUCAUCCAUCAUACUGUACAAUGCAUCUUUCAAACAAUAAAAUAUGUGUAUCACUGA